AUGGGGAGGAGACGUGUGAGGAACCGGAAGAGGCAACCGAAACCUGAGGACCUCAUCCAACAGGAGAGCCUCCACCAGGAGAGCCUCCACCAGGGGUCCCUCCGACAGGAGGGUCUCCACCAGGAGUCCCUCCAACAGGAGGGUCUCCAUCAGGAGGGUCUCCAACAGGAGGAGGGUCUCCGCCAGGGGUCCCUCCAACAGGAGGGUCUCCAACAGGGGUCCCUCCACCAGGAGGGUCUCCAACAGGAGAGCCUCCAACAGGAGUCCCUCCACCAGGAGAGCCUCCACCAAGAGAGUCUCCCCCAAGAGACUCUCCACCAGGAGAGACUCAAACAUAUGGUAAUCAUCGUUUACCUAAGCAGACACUUGGUCACAGACAGCGGUGAGGGACUCCAACCGGAGGGUCUCCAACCAGAGGGUUUCCUCCAGGAUGGACUCCUCCAACGGGAGGGACUCUACCAGGGGGGUCUCCAACCGGAGGGACCACAACCAGAGGGAAUCCAGGCGGAGGGACUCCAAGAGGAGGGACUUCAUCAGGAGGAUCUCAACCAGGAGGGACCCCACCAGGAGGGUCUCCAACCAGAGGGCCUCCAACCAGAGAGUCUCCAUCAGGAGGGUCUCCAACCAGAGGGUCUCCAACCAGAGGGCCUCCAACCAGAGGGUCUCCAACCAGAGGGCCUCCAACCAGAGGGCCUCCAACCAGAGGGCCUCCAACCAGAGGGACUCCUGCCAGAGGGACUCCUACAACGAGAGGGACUCUACCAGGGGGGUCUCCAACCACUGGGACCACAACCAGAGGGACCACAACAGGAGGGACCCCAACAGGAGAGUCUCCACCAGGAGGACCUCCAACAGGAGGGACCCCAACAGGAGGGACUCCACCAGGAGGGCGAGCUGAGGAGGGAGAGGACACCAAUGGUGAGGACACCGGGGGUCUUGGAGGCUGAGGAGGACGCGUUAGAGCUGGAGAUGCCAACUGACAAUGGCAACCACCACGUUGUCGUCUGUCAACGUCCCAUUGACGCCGUGGUCUUGAUCCUCAACCAGGAUCAACCGCCAGCCACCGCCCUGCCAGGUGUAGUAGCGAUCGAGGAGAAACCUUUUGUUGUUAUGGGCUGUACAGAACCUGUGGCUCCCCCUAACAACACUGAGAUCUCGGUCAUACCCGACGAAGAAGGGGAGGAACCUGUACAGGAGCCCAAAAGAAAGAGCCUCGGGUGGAGAUUCUUCAAUUGGCUCUGUGUGGUGAAGGAGAAGGAGCCAAACAAUAAGAGGAACGCCGGGACCUACCUGAAGGAGGACACGGAGGAACACCUCAUCUCCAGCAAAGCUGAUAAACGCCGGGAGCAGAAGGAGGCUCAGAGGCUGAAGGAGGAGCAGCGCUACGAGCAGUGGGCUGCUGAACGGGGCCUCAGCGAUGCAGGAGAGGGGCCAGCAGACGGGCCUAAGAAAAGGAUGACCAGAUUGCAGAAGGUGUCUUUGGGAUUGGUCGCCCUGUGCCAAUAAGCCGAUCCCCUCCAUCCGGCCACCCCCGGUGCGGGUCACCUGUACAUAUAUACAUAGAAGCAUAAUAAAACUCAAAGAAUACAAAAGAAUACAAAAGAACACAAGACAAUACAAGACCACUUUUGGUCCGAAGUCUGUGCUGCAAUUUCGAGCUUA